GACACUUUUUCGCCAUAAUCUUGGCUUGAGUAGGCUCAUUUACCUAAACUUUUCAACUCGAACGCCCUUGGGAUCGUCCAACCUCAUAAUGGCCAGCGCAGAUUCUCGAGAGGACGGCACCAUGGUGGGCGUGCUAUGUGACGAAGGAAUUCUACUGGCCACCAAUUCAAGGGACAACCUACUUUGCCACCUGGACGAGCGCGUAUAUUGCUGUGCUCCGCGUGCCGAUCGCGACAUCAUCCAGGACGUGGGAACCCAAGUGGACUACCAAACCAAUGACAGACACCAGAAGCUUACCGUGGCCCAGGUGAAGGACAUGCUGUGCCGCAAGUACGAGCAGGCUGCGACUGUGGAUAUCCUCGUGGCUGGCGAAGAUCGUAACGGCCUUCAUAUGUACGAACUCCAGCCAAAGGGAAAGGCAAGCAUCGUCCAGCAAGCAGCCAAGGGCGGAACGAAGGCCGAGGAAGUUCUGUUUUGCCUAGAUGUAUACCGAAAGGAUCCAAUGAAUCUGGCAGAGGCCGAGCAACUGGUGCGGGAGUCCUUGCAGGUUGGGCCCAACGAUUACGUGGAAAUGUGCUUCAUCUACAAGGAGGAGCCUAAUGAAGUAGAAGAGGGGACACCCCCGGAGAUACCUCCGGAAACGGAGUCCCAGGCUGAUGCCGAAAUACAGAGUGUAUCUGGUAGAUCGCCAGAAAGCAUGGCUUAAACGCUGAA